GGUUCGCGGCUGUUCAUGAAAUCAUGCCCAGGGAGCCGGAGCUGUCACUUUCUGGUAGAAACUUCCGCAUUUUCACCUUCCUUGUUGAAAUCAGCAACUGGCCAAAGGGGAGGGACAAGCAACUCCCGUAAGUUAUUGACGGCGCGGUCGUCCAGGGAGGGUCCUUCCUUCGUGAAACUAAAGGGAUUCUUCCCAGGAGGACGAGAUGAAAACAGGCAACAGCAUGAGGCGCUGCCUGAAAAGCAAGAUACAGCAAAUGCAAACACAUUGGUUGACAUCCAGACUAAUGAAGCACCAAUGCUACAGGAGAAGCACCAAUGUAGGACCAGUGUUUCUGAGGAGUUCCAGAUUAAAGCUGCAUUUGUGCUACCAAGAGGAGGUUGCAGUGUCUUGGAAAUAGAAGACUCUUCUAUGGAGGAAGAAGAGGAUUGUCCUGAGUUGAUUCCAAUAAGGGAGCAAGAGAUAAAGGGCAAUGCAGAAGAAGAUGUUCAAUCUGGCGAGACCUCUAAGAUUCCUGUUACUAUUAUCACUGGGUAUUUAGGUGCUGGGAAAACUACUCUUCUUAAUUAUAUUUUGACAGAACAACAUAACAAAAGAAUAGCAGUUAUUUUAAAUGAAUUUGGUGAAGGAAGUGCCUUGGAAAAAUCUUUGGCUGUAAGUCAAGGUGGAGAACUCUAUGAAGAAUGGCUGGAGCUCAGAAAUGGUUGCCUGUGCUGUUCUGUAAAGGACAACGGUUUGAAAGCUAUUGAGAACUUGAUGAAGAAGAAAGGCAAAUUUGACUACAUUCUGCUAGAGACAACUGGAUUAGCGGAUCCAGGUGCUGUGGCCUCUGUGUUUUGGGUUGAUGCUGAAUUAGGAAGUGACAUUUAUCUUGAUGGUAUUAUAUCUGUUGUUGAUGCAAAGUAUGGACUACAGCACCUGAAGGAAGAAAAACCUGAUGGACUUAUCAAUGAAGUAGCUAGACAGAUUGCACUAGCAGAUCUUAUAAUAGUCAAUAAGACCGAUUUGGUUUCACAAGAAGCACUGAUGAAACUGAGAACAGCUGUCAGGUCAAUCAAUGGACUUGUCAAAAUUUUGGAAACUCAACGAUCCAGAGUUGAUCUCUCUGAUGUCUUAGACCUGCAUGCUUUUGACAGUAUGUCUGGAAAAAGUUUGCAGCAGAAACUGCAGCUUGAAGAGACUUCUCAGCCACACCUAGAUAAGAAUAUUGUUACAUCUACAUUUGAAGUACCAGGAAGUACAACAGAAGAAGACCUAAAUAUAUUUGUUCAAAACCUGCUGUGGGAAAAGAAUGUGAAAGACAAGAGAGGUAACCCCAUGGAAGUCAUAAGACUGAAGGGGCUUAUAUCUAUCAAAGGCAAACCUCAUCAGGUGAUAGUCCAAGGUGUUCAUGAACUGUAUGACCUAGAGGAAACCACUGUAAGGUGGAAGGAUGAUGAACGAAUGAAUAGAAUGGUUUUAAUAGGUAGGAACUUGGAUAAGGAUAUUCUUGAAGAUGUCUUUAUAGCUACUGUGACAAAGGAAGAAGAAAAUAGUUGAUGUCUUCUGAUGGAAGUUCAUUUUCAAUACUACAUGUUUUAAAAAUGAAUGAUUCGGAAUCCUGGAGAUGUUUUCUGCUUUUGGAUAGCUGACAGAUGUGGUUGCCUCUGCAUUUCAGCAUAUUUUCUUUUAUUAAAUAAAGCUAAGAAAUUGGUUCUCUA